ACAUUUGUUUUAUUGAUAACACAUCGAAAAAAUUAGCAACACAGAAUUUUAAGUCAAAACAAACACAAACAUUACGACAAGCUACAUAUCUCUAGCUUCAUACUUUUUUGAGUUGUUUUACUAGUGCCAAUGUAUUUGAGAAAAUGUUCCAGGGCUGAGGAAACCUCCCGCAUCUAAGGAAAAAUCGAUUGUUAUAAAAUAGCUUGCUAUCCCUAGCUGUUAAUUUGCAAAUUAAAACUUAGUGGUGCCUAGUAAAAAAGCGCAAAAAUGAAUUUGGACUUUGGAAAAGUGUGCAGCAAGCACAUCUCUGUAUAUGAGGCCUACUACAAACAGAUUGACCCAAAAGCAACAGGGGCUAUUGAAGCUAUGACGGCUGCCAAGUUUUUAAAAAAAUCUGGUCUCAGCGAUGUGGUACUAAGCCGUAUAUGGGAUCUUUCCGACCCAAACGGCAAGGGUUUUCUGGAUAAGCCAGGAUUUUUUGUGGCUCUUAAGUUAGUGUCGCUUUCGCAGGCGGGUCAAGUGGCCAACAUGAACAACAUCUAUGUAGAUACAGCUAACCCACCAAAAGUUGGUGAAAUUCCAAAAACAAUGCCGUCGCGCAUUCAAACGGUUCCUGUACCUAGCGGAGGCAUAACGGACAGAGACUGGUCAAUUGGGGUUAUCGAUCGUUUAAAAUACGAACAGCUAUUUGAGUCCCUCAGUCCAAACAAUGGCAUGCUGCCCGGAAAUAAAGUUAAGGGUGUUUUAAUGGACUCAAAAUUGCCGAUGAAUAUUCUUGGUACCAUCUGGGACUUAGCCGAUCAGGACAAAGACGGUAACCUAGACAAACAUGAAUUUAUUGUGGCCAUGCAUCUUGUCUACCAAACACUGCAAAAGCGUACUGUUCCCAGUGUUCUGCCGCCAGAACUUCAAAAGCCCGGUGCUGUUGGGAGUCAACCGGCUAAGCCUCUCCAUUCCGCUGCUAUCAUUCCGCGUGCUGUCAGUGGUGAUGGAUUUGGGGACGACGGCUUUGUUGCCAAUUUUCCUAAAGACAUUGCACCCCCAGCGGCGAUUCCGCCUGUACCAGUGGCUAUUCCACCUAUGACACGAAUUCCUCCAGUGGGUGCCGUUAGCUCUAUGCCCCUUAUCCAGACGGAUCCACUGGUGCCCAUUGGGGCUCCACCCUCUGUAACGGCCAACGCUGACUGGGUGGUAACUCCCGCAGAGCUCAAAAAGUUCGAAGAAAUAUUUCAACAAUCGGACCUUGACAAGGAUGGUUUAGUAUCAGGUUUGGAAGUUAAGGAUAUAUUUAUUAAGUCUGGUAUUCCUCAACGCAGCCUGGCUGAUAUCUGGGCCCUUUGCGAUACCAAUCAGUCUGGAAAGCUGACUGUAGAACAGUUUGCUCUGGCAAUGUGGUUUGUUGAACGGAAGCAGCGCGGCGUGGAUCCGCCCCAUGUUCUCACUGCCAAUAUGGUGCCGCCAUCGAUGCGAUCGAUUGUGUCUGGAGUGGAUUUGCAACCUCAGGAGGUGAAGCCGACUUACACCAAUCCAGAGCUAGAGAUGAUAUCCAAUGAAAUUGAAGAGCUAGCCCGCGAACGGCGCGUCCUUGAGACAGAAAUUGCCCAAAAGGAAGCAGAUGUGCGUGUUAAAAACGGAGAAGUACGAAGUCUGCAGAGCGAAUUGGACACCUUGGCGGCCACCCUAAAGCAGCUGGAGAAUCAGCGCGGCGAGGCUCAGAAGCGGUUGGACGACCUACAAGCUCAAGUUACACGAAAUACGGCCGUGCUGGCCAGCGUAUGUCUUGAGAUAUCGGGCAUUAAUAAGCAGGUGACUAAAAUUCGUGAACAAUGCCAGAAGCAAGAAGAGACCAUCACAGAACAGGAAGGCGAACUUAACACUAAACGAUCUGAGCUCCAAAAGUUAAAGGAUGAAGAAACAUCUCUGCAAAAGGAGUACGACUUAAACAACCGCGAGCUGUCAAAGUUGACAAAACACCUGCAAAGUACCCAAUUGCAAAUUAGCUCGGUCCGUUCAAUGGUCACUUUGCUGAUGGAGACUCAGCGCCAGAUGACUGAUGCAUUGCUUAUAUGCCGAGCCGCUAUGGACAACCAAAACGCUGAACUUGUUUCCGAAUACCAACUCAAAAUCGAACCAGAUUUUGAAGAGGCUCGCCUUCUAAUGGCAAAAGAAAUUGAAAUGCCAAAAGAUGACCCUUUUGAUGAAAACAAUCGUAUGACGGCCAAGCAGGAAAACAACGGAUUUUUUAGCGAUCCCUUCUCUAGCCAAACCACUAACAAACCAGCUAUUUCAACUGGCUUUGAUGACAGCUUUAGCGCGAACUCAGGCUUUGACAGUGGAUUCGAUGCCUUUGGUCAGAGGGCAUCCGGAACUGGAUUGGUUCAACCACAGCAGCGAGAUCCUUUUGGUUCGGACGCAUUUUCCACUAAAAACGCUAUAACACCAGAGGCGGGAAAAGACGAUUUUGGCAGCGAUCCGUUUGCCGCUCUACAUGCACCCACAGGCCAGGGUCAGGUUCUUAGCCCCAACUCUGGAAAGUCUGGCCCGCCGCCCCGGCCAGAGUCCCCUAGUCCAGCACUGCCGCCGAAGAAGUCGAAGCUGCCUCCCCCAAGGCCAGCCCCACCAAGAGCAACACAGCCUGCCACCGGUUUUGGAAGCAGCGGAGGAUUUGCCGAUUUUGAAGAGUUUGACAAUAAGCUUCACAAAGCUGCUACGACCCAUCAACAACCGGCACCGCUCCUCGACAACUUUGCGCUGCUUGAAGAUUCCGGCCAGGCACAGGCGAAUGGCGCAUCCAGUCCAAAGCGAGAAAAAUCGACAGGAAAAUCUCAGCCUCCGGAAGCAUCCUUAUCUUCAGUCAUAUCAGCAGCGCCAACAUCGGUAUUUGAAACAUCUUUAACUUUGGCAGCGGAUGCAAGGGUUACACCGAUUCAGAAGGGUAAUUUUAUGAAUGUGGAUUUUUCGGAAUCCUUUGGGGCGUUUGAAACGCAGAAAAAAUCACCACUAAGUCAUAUUAAUGGACCCACCGACUUUAAAGACGAUCCCUUUAAGGACUAUCGCUACGAGGACCCUUUUAGCAUUAAGGAUCCCUUUGCCGAAGAUGAUGAACAAGGAGUUUUGCAAAAAGAUAUCGGAUUGGGACAGAAGAAUAACUUUGGCGAAGAUUUUAGUUCAGAUGAUGACCUUGGUGGCGUGUCUAAGAGCUAUGACACUAACCUAAACAACAACAACCCAACUAACCUUCAGGUGGCCACACCACCCAACAAUGAUCAGAAUAAGCAAACUGGCUCUUUCAAUUUGGACCUAGGUGCUUUGCCUCUGCAAAACACUAUUUCCUCUAACUCUGAGUUUAAUCCAAUCCGCAAGACUGCACAAUCAGCGGUGGACGAGUUUGCCGAUUUUGAUGACUUUGAAGCUUUGGCAUGUACAAAAAAUGGAGCAAGCACUAAAACGACCACGACUGAUAAAAACAUGGGACUCAACGAUUCAUUCUUUGACGCAUUUAAUGAAAAUUUUGGCCAUAGUUUGAGCUCCACCAGGGUAACGAAUGCGUCGGAGAAAAAGCUCGAGGACCCCAAAGCCAUGGACUACAAUGACUGCAAUGAGAACUGGUUUAAAGAUAAGUUGCAGACAAGCAACUCUAUUCAGUUAGGCAACCAGAAUUUCGCCAAAUUUGAAGAAUUUGAAGAGCAUAAUUUCUCGAGUGAUUUCGCCAACACGUCUUUAGGGAGCAGUGUAAACGAAAAUCAAAAUAAAAGAAAGGAAACCAAUUCUAAGGGCUCAGCUAAGGAGAAAUUUGCAGCUGACUAUUCCAAGCCAGAGUGUUUUGACGCGGAUCUAGAGCAGGCGCUUAGGAGAAGCAUGCUCGAAAACUAAAUUGUAAUAUUAGUUUUAAUGCUUUUUUCUAAAGAUUAAAAUAAAAGCUUAUUUACAUUAUAUUCUUAUAAUUCCAGCUGGUAUGACAUCUUUACUCAUAAGUAUCUAUAUGAAUAAUCACAUAAUCUUAGGCUAAGCACAUAUGAUUUAAUCUUUUCCAAAACCAAAUAAAUUAUUCAGAAAAACCGUAAA